AUGGAAUCUCCUGGCACGCGCGCUGGAAGGUCAAGCCCAUCCUCGGCAAGGGCGUUGUGGCAUCGAGGAGGAUGGCCAAGGGCAUCGGCUGUGGCUAUGGCCACCCUCGUGACCGGGACCUGCUUCCAGGCACGGGCAUGGUGGAGACGACCCGGAAGUGUCAGUGUCAAGGAGAUGACCCACAAGGCAGCCAACUCCCGAAGUCACAUCUUUGCGGCCGGGCCCCUUCCAGGCAUCUCCACGGUGGGAAAGACCUUUCACACGGCGAGGACUGGCCUGCGCUCCACAUUUGGACCUAUGUAUGCCAUCGAAGCCCCUUCAACGCCGGAUGCAGCAGUGAUUUGGCUCCACGGCCUGGGCGACACUGGCGAGGGAUGGUCAGACGUCGGGCCACAGCUGCAACAGCAGCUGCGCUCGGUACGAUUCCUCUUUCCUACAGCGCCGACACAGCCGGUCACCGUGAACAUGGGCAUGUCCAUGCCCAGCUGGUUUGAUAUCAAUUCUCUUGACCCACGGCUCUUCCGAAGAAAUCCGCCUGGCCUCGCACAAAGUGCUGAGUUUGUCCGCCAGCUCAUCAAGGAGCAGGUUGAUGACGGAAUAGCACCGGAGCGCGUCAUCUUGGCUGGCUUCUCUCAGGGAGGUGCCGUUGUCUUGGAGGCAGGCUUGGCCUCCACCGAAUUUGCCGUGGGAGGCAUCCUAGUGCUCAGCUCGUUCCUUGGAACAAAAGUUCCAGCACAGCUUCCCAGCCCGCUGCCCGCAAUUCACUUCUUCCACGGCCAGGCAGAUCAAGUUGUUCCUAUCUCUUGGGGCCAGCGCAGCCUUGAGGAGUUGAAGGCCGGCGACAUCAACGCAAGCUUUAAGGCUUAUCCCGGCAUGCAGCACUCGGCCUGCGCCGAGGAGCUUCAAGACAUUGCUGCGGCCCUCACUGCCAUAUUGGCAUAG